AUGGCAAAUAGGCACCAAAAUGCUGACGAACUCGUACAGCAAAUUCGACAUGAUAAUAUGGAAGCAAAUAAUAAUCUGGAAGCCAUGGUCGAAAGAAUUAUGGCACGAAAUGGGGUAGAUGUUGGCCUACAUAAGCCAAAUUAUAUGUCCCCUUUAUCUGAGUAUGUCCUGCAUGAGGAAUUACCCCCUAGGUGGAAGGUCCCUAAAUUCACCAAGUUUUCUGGGGAUACUAGUGAAUCCAUUGUAAAACACGUGGCCAGAUACCUCAUAGAGGCGGGGGAAAUUAAAAACAAUGGGAGUCUUAAGAUAAAAUAUUUCCCAAGUUCUCUUACGAAGAACACAUUUACGUGGUUCACCAUAUUACUAGCGAAUUCCAUUGAUACGUUGACUCGUUUGGAAAGACUGUUCCAUGAGCAAUUUUACAUGGGACAGUCGAAGAUAAGUCUGAAAGAAUUGGUCAGUAUCAAACAAAAGUUUACUGAAUCAAUAGAUGAUUACCUGAACAGGUUUCGUCUGCUUAAGGCAAGAUGUUUUACACAAGUGCCUGAGCAUGAAUUGGUCGAAAUGGACGCUGGUGGCCUUGACUAUUCUAUUAGGAAAAAUUUAGAUACCCAAUACCUAAGAGAUAUGGCCCAGUUGGAUGAUAGAGUUCAACAGGUGGAACAUUUGAAGGCUGAGAAAUCCAAAGCAAACAAAAAUAAUAGGAAGGAUAGAAUAGCCUAA